AUGUCCUCCCCGCAGCUAAAUGUACCAGAGGAGUCUCCCACCUCAAUACCAGCCACAGCCUUCUCCCUCAUGUCCAUCGACAUGGAUCUCGCUUCUAGUUCUACCAAUGGCACAGGGACAGGCACCCCUUCCGACAACGUUCCCUCGAUCAAUCUCAAUUACUUCCCGAACAACAAUCACAUGGCGCCCUCAGCCAUCUCCAACGGGUUUCAUUCGAUGUCAGCCAGUGUCGGUGCCAUCCCAGCUGAGAACUCGAACCAAAACAAGGGCCGGGUAGAUUUCAUCGAGUUUACCAACUUCUUAAAUGAUGUAGCCGCCAAUCAACGGCAAGGCUCAGGCACACUACCAGACGCUGUCCUAGUCCGGUACCCAACGCUGUUUCCAGACAUGGCCGACAUCAAUCCAGUCGACCCAGUCAACCCAGCCCCAGCCACUGUUCCAAACGCAACCUCCGCAACCGCCGUUGCCAACACCAACGGCAUCACAAACGGCGUCACCCACGGCAUCACCAACGGUAUCACCAAUAGCACCACCAACAGUACCACCAACGGCAUCACCAACUGCACCACCAACGCAAAUGCCAAUUUGAACACCAGCACGACCCUCCCCGCCCCUCCAAUUCAAGUGACCCUCCACGUCCACCUCACCUCUAUCCCUGUCCAAGACACCCUAGGCCAGCAAUCCCUCGUCCUGUCCGGCCUUCGCUUCCAAGACGCCGGCGACUGGCGUGUGUAUAUCUACGCUGCUCGGAACGAACGCGUGGUUUGGAGUAUCGAUGCCGGUGUGGUGAAGGUGGUGAACCCGGCGACUUGGGAUGGGGUGGUUGCUGGGUUGGGAAGGAGACCGGAUUUGUCGAGUGAUGAGAAGAUGUUGUUGAGAAGGGUUGGAAGGUGGUGGGAAUGAUAGAGGGGAGUGAUUGGCGAUGGGAGUUGGUCAAUGAGGGAUGGACGUGAUGCGGAAUACGGCUUGUGAAUGAGGUGAGAGAUGGGAAGCGGAAGGUUGUAAUGGUUGGAUAUGCUUUAUCGGAACAAGCCAUUCCACGGCAUCAUUAUUAUUGGCUAGAGGUACAAAAUAAUGUGAAAGCAGGGUCCUCGUAGU